CAGUUGCCUGCGAGCGGGCCUCGGUUUCGCGUCACGAGGGCCUUGCAAGAUGGCGGAUACAAUCAUGUCCAUCCCAGAAGAUGAAAAAGCAAGUAAUGUGGGCCCAGUCUCAAAUGGCAGCGAAAGAGUAAAGAAAUUAUUUACCUCAAGUGAUUCAGAGUUAUAUCAGAAUGCAUCUCUGGCUACUGGAGUAGCAAGUCUGCUUGGUUUCACUAUUGGUGGAAAGUUGGGUGGAAAUUCCUCAGGUACAGAUCACAUUCUGGCCAACCAGCUCACUCCUUAUCGUGGCAAGAUGGUUGCACAUAGGGCAUAUCAUUCAGCAGUAUUGAAAGGCUUCAUCAGAAAUGGAAGUAGAUGGGGGUGGAGAGCUGGAUUAUUUGCAGGUCUUUAUAGUGCUGUGAUGACAAUUGUGGCAGAAUACAGAAAUAAACAAGAUGGAAUUAAUGUUAUUGUUGCUGGAGCUGCCACUGGUGCAACCUAUAAAAUGCUAUCUGGUUUUAGAGGAAUAAUAGUUGGUACAGUGUUGGGCUCACUUUUCAGUCUACCAAUAGCCGCAGGAGCAGAAGCAUUAUUUUGGAUUGUCCCAGAAGAUUUUAAAGAAAGUAUAAGGCAGCUAGAGAAUGAAAAGAAGGAAAAGAAGAAAAACAAAGCCGAACCUUGGAAAACAAAUUUGGAAGUUACAAAAAAUAUGAUAGAACAGAUGGAAACUGAAUUAGAAUCAACUUUUGGAGACAAAGAAGAUGCCAAAAAAUGAUAAUUAAUGCUGUCUGGAAGCCUGGUAUUUUGAUUCAAUUUCAUGCAUCUACUUAGAGGUGUGGUAUGCCCCAGUGAAUCAAAUGCCCAAUUGCACAAUGGUUUGUGCACUUGCUUAUAGCAGAAACAAUAAGUGAGUGAAUCUUCCAAAUGACAUGGCUGAAUUGUAAUGGAUUGCAAUGGAGCAGGUCACAAACCUUUGGAGGCCCAACAAAUGGUACUGCAGGAAAAGUAUGUUUCAUGAUUGCAUGGAGUGUUGUUGUGUUCAUAGACAGAAAAUUCAGCAAUGAUAAUAAAACGGCCAAGGGAUACCAAAAUUAAAAAGACAUGACUCAGUUGGCAAAUUUGAAGCAGCCAAACUAGCAUAUGCUUUAAUGCCCUCUGUUGUUGCGGCAGUAUGUAAUAAGAUAAUAAUUAUGCAAGUGAAAAUUACAUAAAUUCCCAAAGGAUCAAUACACUUCUCAUUGCUAAUAAAUUUCUGAAACUGAACAAAAAUCCUCAGAAACUGAAAAGGCAAAAUUUAGAGGAACAGGAAAGAGUGGAUUGAUAUCUUGAUCUGAGGUUUUAUAAAGAACUUUCCUGCUAACAGAAUAAUUAGAAUAAGUCAAAUAUUUGAUUUUAUUCAGUUUGUUUUUAAUUAAAACCAAGAAUGUGCUUUAACUGAAAUUUUGA